AUGACCACCGACGAGGUCCCCGACAUAUAUAACGCUUCUGGAACAGACAAGAAGGAUAUUAGCGCAUCAAAUCCGGAAGACUUCGCACAUCGGGAUCUUGAUACCGAAGAAAAACACAGCCAUGGGGAAUCUCAUCAACUACCGGAGUUGCAGCGGAGGCUCAAAAGCCGACAUCUGCAGAUGAUUGCGAUGGGUGGUGCUAUCGGAACAGGUCUUUUCAUCGGUACCGGGACUGCCAUUGCCACUGCUGGUCCAGUGGGUGCACUACUUGCUUAUACCUUUGUCGGAUCAAUUGUUUACUCGGUGAUGACGGCCCUAGGUGAGGUCGCUACCUACCUACCUAUCCCAGGAGCCUUUGCAGCAUACGCAAAUCGCAUUAUUGAUCCCAGUUUGGGGUUUGCAAUGGGCUGGAUUUACUGGUUUUCGUGGGCUUCGACAUUUGCCCUUGAAUUAACGGCUACGGGCCUCAUAAUUCAAUUCUGGGAUGAUACAGUUCCGAUGGCUGUUUUUAUCGCGGUUUUCUGGGUUGUUAUUAUUAUUAUGAAUAUGUUUCCUGUUAAUUGUUACGGUGAGAUUGAGUUUUGGCUCUCGAGUAUCAAACUUAUCACCGUCGUUGGAUUCAUGAUAUUCGCCAUUUGCAUGAAUGCCGGAGUGGGCCAGGAAGGUUAUCUAGGGUUUAGAUACUGGACUCACCCCGGUCCCUUCGUUCCCUAUUUGAUCGAGGGCCAAGACGCCCUGGCUAAGUUCAUUGGAUUCUGGGCUAUUCUCAUCAAAGCCGGAUUUUCAUACCAAGGCACCGAGCUUGUUGGUAUCGCCGCGGGUGAAACCGCCAACCCGAAGAAGAAUGUGCCUUCCGCCAUCCGCAAGACAUUCUUCCGCAUUGUGUUCUUCUUUAUAUUCACGGUCUUCUUUAUCGGAAUUGUCGUACCGUCUGAUGACGAGAAUCUCGGAGAAAGCAACGGUGCAGAUGCAAAUUCGUCUCCUUUCGUCAUCGCCGCACGACGAGCUGGUGUUAAUGCUUUACCGAGCAUUAUAAAUGCGGUUCUGCUCACCGUCGUGCUCUCUGCUGCCAAUUCCAAUGUUUAUAGUGGCAGCCGAAUUCUCGUCGGGCUGGCUAACGAGGGUUUUGCUCCUCCCUUUUUCGCCAAAACAACUAAGCACGGUGUACCAUAUGGUAGCGUUGGCUUCACAGCUCUUUUCGGCCUAUUGGGCUUCCUUAACUUGUCGAACACGGGUGCCACCGUUUUCAACUGGUUGAUGCAAAUUGCUGGCUUGGCUGGCUUUAUCACUUGGGCAUCUCUAAACGUUAUUCACCUGGCAUUUAUGAGAGCGUUGAAAGCGCGAGGUAUACCGCGCGACAGCCUUCCUUACAAGGCUACCUGGCAGCCAUUCUUUUCUUGGUAUGGCUUGUUCUUCAACGUCCUCAUCAUUAUCACCCAAGGCUUUACUGCUUUCAUUCCAACAUUCAGCGUCACGGACUUUUUCAUCAACUACCUCAGUCUCAUAUUGUUUGCGGUACUAUAUUUCGGCCACAAGAUUGCUUUCCGCACAGAAUUCGUGAAGCCGAUCGAGGCUAACAUUGAUACUGGUCGGUAUGAAGACUGA